AUGUCUCUCCUCGGAAAGAAGUUCCCCACCCCCAUCGCCAAGCCUCUGGGCCCCUUCUUCGCUGCCGGCGCUGUCAUCCUCUACGGCAUCAACUCCCUCGGCAAUGCCCUCAUGAACAGUGAGCCACCCCGUUCUUCGAGUUCCCGAGAUGUCCUGCCUCUAUAG